AUGAAGCAUAAUUACGUGGAAAACAAUCCCCACUUGGGUUAUUCACACAAUGGUGCAUAUUUGGAGAUCUCAUACAAUGAAACUAGAAACGUUUGCACUCGAGCCUUAGACUGUGGUGCAUUAUAUUCAGGAGCACAUUGGGAAUAUUCUGGUAAUGUUAUCAAAUGUAACUUCUUCCACGAUUCAACUGGAUUUGGCCAGCCACUAUCUUACGUUAUUGGAAUUUACUUGGACGACAACCUCUCGAAACAAACAGUCUACCAAAAUGUUGUUUCUAAUUUUGUCGGCUAUUGUAUUGUUCACGGCUCUGGGAGGUCGGAUGUUAUAUACAAUAAUAUUUUUUAUAAAUGUGAUAUUGGUUAUUCUGGUGAUUCCAGAGGACCGAGAAGGUAUCAUACAACUCCAAAUGCAUUUUACAAUUUACUUGAUACUAUGGUGCACAGUGGUGUGGAUAGAUACAUUUCUCCGUGGAAAGACCAAUUUCCCGAAUGGGCGCUUUUACCAAAAACGUCAGAAGAGUUAAUGAAAGAAGAAAAUGUUCAUUGGUUGUGUAUGGAAAAUAGUGAAAUAUACUGUAACGUGUUUUAUAACCACAAAAGGGAUUAUGCUUUCGAAGAACAUUGCGACAAGUAUAUGAAAAGGUGGGAGAUGAACACCAACUCAACUCAAGAUCCCAUGUUUUAUGAUGUAGAUAACAACGAUUUUAAAAUGAAAAAAGAAGGUGAAAUAUAUAAAUAUAACUGCUGGGAGGAAAUAUUUUAUGAAAAUAUUGGUAUUAAUACACAAGACAACGCCCAGAGUGUUGUAGUCAAGGGUCUUAUCUAUUUAUGGCUUGUUCUGUGUUCAUUUUGA